GGGUGUUUUUGUGUUCCCUGCGCUUGGGCACAGCCGCCCGGGUCUCUUCACCUGGCCGCUUCCCACCUGCAGGCCGGGGGCCCGAGGUGCCCCUCCUGAGCGCUGGGCCAGGCGGCGUGGCAGAGGGCGCGGACGCUCCCGAGGCGGUCCUGGUACCCCCAGAAGUUGGCGGAGGGCAGCGGAGCGCGAGAGACGCAAUCGUCCGCGAGGGAGGCAGGCCCGGUCCGGGCGUCUCGGAAAACCUGCGGUGCAUCAUGAAGUUCCAGUAUAAGGAGGACCAUCCCUUUGAGUAUCGGAAAAAGGAAGGAGAAAAGAUCCGGAAGAAGUAUCCGGACAGGGUCCCUGUGAUCGUGGAGAAGGCACCUAAAGCCAGGGUGCCGGAUCUGGACAAGAGGAAGUACCUCGUGCCCUCUGACCUCACCGUUGGCCAGUUCUACUUCUUAAUCCGGAAGAGGAUCCACCUGAGACCUGAGGACGCCUUAUUCUUCUUUGUCAACAACACCAUCCCUCCCACUAGUGCCACCAUGGGCCAGCUGUAUGAGGACAACCAUGAGGAAGACUAUUUUCUGUAUGUGGCCUACAGCGAUGAGAGUGUCUAUGGGAAAUGAGUGUUGGAAGCCCAGCAGAUGGGAGCACCUGGACUUGGGGGUAGGGGAGGGGUAUGUGUGGGACUUGGGGGAAGAGCAGGAGGGCUCCCACCAUGAAGGAGACAGAAUGUGAAGACAUCGAGAAAUAUUACAGCACACACACUGUCAUCAUAUUUUCACAUGCUCAGUUGAUAUUUUUUGCUGCUUCCUCGGCCCAGGGAGAAAGCAUGUCAGGACAGAGCUGUUGGAUUGGCUUUGAGAAAGGAUUGAGGAUGGCAUAACUUUACAGCUUUGCUGAGAAUAUUUGUGCAAUUUCAUAGGAGGGUCAGCGUAUGGACCAGGCAGGGCCAGAGACAGUUGCGGUCCAACAGUGACUCCCUCCUCACCAUUCUAGUUUUGACAUUCACAUGAGACCAAAAGGGGAGGAAGACAGGAAUGUUUUAUGACUUGUGGUGGUGGGCCGUGCCUUCUGGGGACCAAGCCCAUUGUAACUGAAGCACUGUGGCCUUCCACGACUCCUCCCUUCCAUCUAAGUUGUAUCGUCACACACAAACAUCUCAGUACCACCCCAGAGGUGGCAGUAGACACAGGCACAGAAAUUGAGAUGGCACUCUCUUACCUUGAAAAUAGGAGUUAGUCAUGACGGUGGUUAUGAUUACGAGGUAGUCAGGCCAGCACUGAACUGGAACGGACUUGAGUGUUGAGCCUCUCUAACCUGCUGUCUCUCUGGUGCCCCUUAUCCCACACCUCUCUUGGAACUCAAUGGGCCCCAGGCUAAAACUACUCUUUUAGCAUAUCCCUUAGAGUUUCCCGUGUAUAGGGACCGAGAUGUCUUAGGUAUGGCAGAGGCAGGUGGAUCAGCCAGACUUCUUCCUCUCCUGCUGCUGUCCCUGCAGUCUCACACGCACAGGAGUGCUGACGGUGGCCGGCUGCUUCCCUCCUUUGGUUUCCACGCUGCGGCUGCUCGUUACAAGAGUUCGGAGGGCUGAUUUUCAGUCACUAUCGGGGAUUUUACGGAUCUGUUUUCCCUGCGGGGGUUACAUGGGGUGGGGGUGGGGCCCAGGGAUCGCACUCAGACGUGACAUUUCAUUUCAUCUCUGCUACUAGAAAGAGUCCUUCCUGUUGGGAAAUCUGUGUGUCAGUUCUGUCAGCUGCAGGUUCUUGUCUAACAAAGGCAAUGCUGUCAGGCCUCAGAAAUAAAGUAAUUUGCUCACCUUCAGAGUUUA